AUGGCGGUGGUGUCACCUUUAGCCAAGUACAAAUUGGUGUUUCUCGGCGAUCAAUCGGUUGGAAAAACAAGCAUCAUUACUCGUUUUAUGUAUGAUAAAUUUGACACCACUUAUCAGGCUACUAUUGGCAUUGAUUUUUUGUCGAAAACAAUGUACCUUGAAGAUCGAACAGUUCGCUUGCAGCUUUGGGAUACUGCUGGUCAGGAGAGAUUUAGGAGUCUUAUUCCAAGCUACAUUAGGGAUUCUUCUGUGGCAGUGAUUGUGUAUGAUGUUGCUAAUCGACAGUCAUUUCUGAACACUUCAAAGUGGAUAGAGGAAGUACAUACAGAACGAGGGAGCGAUGUCAUUGUUGUUCUUGUAGGGAAUAAAACUGAUCUUGUAGAUAAAAGAGUGGGCGAGACCAUUGACGGUGAGGUGCGAGGUGUGACCGUAGGUGGCGAUUUGAGGGGUUUUUCAACUAUAGAUAUUCGGCGGUUCUUUCUAAAAACUGGUUUUCAAAUGUUUUUUGGUUUUGAAGUUCGAUGA